CCAUCUCCAUCUCCAUCUCCCCUUUCUCCCAACAAUGGACAAGGCAAGCAACAUGAAGCAAAUGCAUCAUUUCAAGUUCAAAGUUCCGUCGUUCGACUUCGCGAGCGACCGCAACAACAGCAACCCUAGCUCGGUAGACGGAGAAUUGGUGGCGGUCGGGUUCUCGUGGCCGCCGAGGAGCUACGUGUGCAGCUUCUGCAAGAGGGAGUUCCGGUCGGCUCAGGCGCUCGGGGGCCACAUGAACGUCCACCGGAGGGACCGGGCUAGGCUGCGGCAGUCUCCGCCGAGAGACGGCGGAGGUAGCGGCGGUCAACUUUGUCCGUUAAACCUAAAUCUUGAGCCAAACCCUAGUUUUCACCCAAACCCUAAUUCGAUGAAAUUCCCCAAUUUCACUUCCAAAUUGCCCCCGCCCACGCCCGUAACCGCGGAUUUCAUGAAGGUGAGGGCGGCAAGAGGGUUUCUCGGCUCGUCGGAGAUUAAGAAGCCGGGGUUUGUGAGGUUGGAUUUGGAGAUUGGGCUGAUUAGUCCUUCUAGUAAGGAGGAGCUUGAUUUGGAACUUCGACUUGGAUACACUUAGCUUUUAAGGAUAAUAUUUUAUUGAGAAUUAAUGAUGAAAUGUUUCAUCACUUUUUAUAUUAUGUGCCCUUUUUUUCUUAUUCUAUGUUGUACUUUCAUAUAUAUUAGGUUUUCAGUGGUCAUGUAUGAUAUAUUUAUUUCUCUAUAUUAUGUUAGUUUUG